GGGCUUUCGAAUUCAAAUCAGCGUGUCUGAAAAAAAGAAGAUAAUGAUGAUAAGGAUAUGGCUAUGGUGAAUACUUCAUUUCACAUAAGCAUUUCGUGAGAGAGUAAACAACAGAAGAAGAAUGGUACAAACGCUUGCAAUGCCUGUGGCACCUUCACUCUCAAUAAUCUCCAAACCCCAAUUCUCCAAUAGAGUUUCCUUCCCAAUUCUCAACACUCCAAAACCAAAGGUUCAAAGGUUAAACAUUGUGUGCGUUCGUGUUGGUGGUGUUGAAAUUCCAAACAACAAACGAAUUGAAUUUUCGUUGCAGUACAUUCAUGGAGUUGGAAGGAACAGAGCUCGACAGAUUCUAACCGAUAUCAAAAUGGAUAAUAAAGUUACAAAGGAUUUGAGUGAAGAAGAGCUUAUUAGUCUUAGGGAUGAAGUUUCUAAAUACAUGACUGAAGGAGAUUUGAGAAGGUUUAAUGCACUUAAUAUAAAGAGGUUGAAGGAGAUUCAGUGUUACAGAGGAAUUAGGCAUAUUCAAGGACUUCCUUGUAGAGGACAGCGUACCAAGAACAAUUGCAGGACAUUGAAGGGUAAGAAGGUUACCAUUGCUGGCAAGAAGAAGAAGUAAAUAGUUACGUUGUUGAUAUAGUCACUUCACUUGUGUAAGGUAAAAAAAAAACCGAUGUUUUGGAUAAUGCAAUUGUUUUCAUUAAAUUUGAUGUAAUUUUGUUGUUGUGGAAGUUUAAGUAAAGUUUAUUAGUAAUAUAUCGGAUGAACUGCUGAUUGGAAUCUGUUGUGUUUACAUAGAGUAAUAAAGUUAUAUGAUCCUCUUAGAA